AUGCCUCGCUUAGCCUGUCACAGUGUAGAAGUGGUGAGUUUGCGCUAUAAGAAACCUGCAACCGCAGUGAAAAUCACUAUUCAAACACUUCGAUACCUUUACACCUUUCUACGGAAGAGCGAUUCCGUACCAAGUCGCUUUCUCACACCUCGAUACCUUUCCUUUACAACGGAAGAGCGAUUCCGUACUAAGUCGCUUGCCUAUACUACCGCCUUACCUUUUUACACCUUUCUACGGAAGAGCGAUUCCGAACCAAGUCGCUUUCUUACACUUCGAUACCUUUACACCCUUACAACGGAAGAGCGAUUCCGUACCAAGUCGCUUUCUUAUACCACCGCCUUACCCUUAUUUCUACGGAAGAGUGAUUCCGAACCAAGUCACUUAUAUACAACCUAUCAACGCUGUAGAGCCACGCUAGCUAUACACAGCAAUACAACAACAUGCAGUCAAUCGAUCCCUAAGGCGGAGAGAGUGGCAGACAAAGAGCUUCUGGAACGCACUCGGAAUACCUUCGAAGAUACGUCGGACCUCGGUUUUGACCUCGAUUCACUACCGUAUCCAAGGCCAGAGAAUCAUACAAGAGCAAGGUUAAUUAUCGAAGACUUCUUGGACAUAAAAAGUGAAAGUUUAAGAGACCACGAGCUUUGGUCUUUAUUCCGACACGCUUUCGCUCGAUGGACCGCGGACGAGUUCUCGUUGGCCGCUAAACAAGCACACGGCCGAGGAAACAAGUUCACGCUGCUUAUUAAGCUAAGGGAUUACCUAUUGUCUAAAGGAGAGGAACAGCGAGCGCAACAGGCAGCAAUCGAGGGAUUUGAUUCUAAGUGGAACGAGGUUACAAUCGCCCGCUUAAAUCGACAAACUAAGGAAGUCGCCAAAAUUCAAGAAAAGUACGAAGAGCUCCGACGCCAAAAAGACGCUAUUGCGCGAGACCUCGAUGAUCUCAGGAAUCUAACAAUUACGAAGGACGCACAGCAGCGUAAAGAGAGAAUCGAAGAAGCUACAAGGCAACAAUCAUCAAGGCGCAGUUCUCGCAGUUCUCGCGAUUCACUUCCUUCUCCCGUCCCUUUAUUACUUCAGCCAGCGAUUUUGUCACCUAAAGAAUGCGCUGAAAAGCAGCAAGACGAGGUUCCGAGCAACUCUCACCAGGGACAGCGUGCAGAUUUCCGUGCCCAACCUCAGCAACCCGAAGGGGGGAUCCAGCACCCUCGGACGUACCGACAAGCUCCCCAGAUCCCUCAACAAGCCACGUAUCGACAAAAGGGAUACCAGGGGUAUGAGAAUCGCCAAGAGCGUGCCCAAGGGUACGGAUAUCACCAAGCUAGAGCCCCAGCCGGUGACCCGAAUAACCCUAGCGAUCCUGACGAUGACCGACGAGGAGGGAACGGAGGAGAUUGGCAAGGAGAUCGAGGACACGGAUACGGAGGGGGUAGGAACGGCCCCCCUGGACCACCAAAGGGAUUCGGAAACGGACCCUUAAGGGACCCCGGAUUCGAAAAUGAGCCGCCAAGGGACCCUGGACAAGACCCUGGACGAGGAUACGAGCCCCCCGGCGGACCCGGGCCAAACCGACCCCUUACCAGCACCCCUUUUUCGACCCGAGUGCUAGCUAGGCACACCUACGGCACCCCAGCCCCUGACGACGACGACGAUUUUCCUGAGCUAGGAGCGGCAGACCCUCACCCAAGAGCGAAGGAAUUGGCCUUGUUUGCAAGAAGCUUUCCUAAGGAACUGAAGUAUUCGGGACCCGACGACGACUUCAAGACCCAAUUAGGUAUUUUCGCUGACCAAGCAAGUCGGGAAAACCUAAGGACCUCGCUUAGCGAGUGCUUCGAAAAACUCGCUAAGGAGCUCAAGGGCAUUCAAAGCUCGCUACGACCAGGUCUAAGGGACGAUAAGAGUCUCGCCGACAAGCUGUAUUCAGCUUGUAAAAACGUGCUAGAGACGACCAUUGCGCGAAUGAACCCUGCCUCUACCUCUACCGCCGCAAUUGCUGACAUUCGCCGAGCAAUUGCUUUUGCAACUGAGAUCAUUCAACCUUUUCUUGAGAAUAAGAGCUUACGACCUCCCGCCAAAGCAAGCAGAGCUUACGCGAGCUCUAGCGAGCCAUUUGCUCAGCACUCCUCUCAGCACUCCUCUCAGCACUCCUCUCAGCACUCUCCUCAGCACUCUCCUCAGCACUCCUCUCAGCACACCUCAAGCAAGGCUGAUUCCGACGACCUUAAGGACGAGUACGAAUGCUUUAUUCAAGGCUGCCAAUACGGAGGGGAGCACUGCGAGCACUUCGCAAAGUGA